GUCGGAUUGGUACUGAAUUGCUGUUACAACAACGCGCACUCAAUGCGACUGUUACUGGUGAUAUAUUGGGCUUCACUUGUGACUCAACGUCUGUACUUUUUACGUUUACCUAUCUUUUUUUCCCUUCAAACGCACAGCAGUACAACAAGAGCCCAGAACGCAUGAGCUCAUCUUCACCUGAGAGGUCCGACUGGCAACCAGAGCGUAAAAUUCUCGCAAAGUCUCCAGUAUCGCGGCCGCAAUCACAACCUUUCCCAACACUUUCUCCUACAAUGACCCCUGACAUCGCUCAGGCAGCGGAUGUAGCCGACAUUCCUCUGUUGGACGAAACGGACGACGAGGAGCUGAUUCCUACCAUUCAGCAGCUUCUCGGCGAUAUUCGGACGCGCUCUUCGCAGCAGCAGAGCCAGGGCAAGCGAGGAGGCGCCGUGCCGACCCCUAAACACAUCGCAGAGGAAGGGAGGGGAACUGAAGUAGGGCGAGAAUCGAGUUUGGAAGACCCUACGGUUGGUGGGACGGAGAAUAGCGCGGACGAGCGUGAUGAUGAAGAGCCCGAUGACGCAAAACAAGAGGUAGACCAGUUUGACAACGACGAGAUACCUAAAGUCAAGGAAGAGGAGCCGCAGGAAAUGGAUUUCGCUUUCGCAGCAUCCUCCGAUUCCACAUCUGUAUCCGUAUCCGUAAAAAGGAAACCUCGACCUCUGGUUCCGAUCACCCCUCGAGCUCAAAAACCCAGGCCUGGUAGUCUCGCCGCGCCGAUUGAAAUACCUGCCUCACCCUCCGAUACUGCCGACCCCACUGCUGUCAGUCCCUGUGGUAAACGCUCAAGUGGCUCAGAUGAUUUUCGUUCCGCCAAGCGUGCGCGGAAAGUCCGGCUUGUCGCCAAACACGAAACACAUUGGUAUCUCGAUGGGAAUAUCAUUGUGAAGAUCAAGAAUACCCAAUUCAGGCUUCAUCGAAGCCGCCUUGUCAGAAUGAGUGACUGGUUUCAUGCCAAGCUCGAACCUGGUUCUAUGGGGCACGAUACCAAGGGAAUUAGCCAUGUCGGAAACGAUGUGGUGGUGGAGGUCAACGAAAACGAU